ACACGUGUAAAGGUCGAUCUGAUCUGGUGUUCUCGUGCACUACGUGAUGGCGAUGAAGUCGAUAUUUAAUCAAUAUUUCUUUCAUGACUCGAUCCGCAUCUUCUCCGGAGCUCGACGCGAAAUAGUCCGUGUUUUGUACGCGACAGUUAUGCAAAGAAGCCUUUUUCGGUUCUAAAUGUGAAUCCCACGCAAUUAGCCCCUCAGUCGGAGACACCGCGGAGAAGGUGGACGUCCAGAAGGGUCUGUGUGAUGAUCCUGAGCUCCGUCAGUCUUCGGCGCUUUCACCUGAUCACUUCUGCUGCUCCAGCCGAUCACAUUUUCACAUUUGCUUUAUGAACCGCGGAGACUUUCCAACAUGUCUACGAAAGCAGAGCAAUUUGGCUCUAAGAUUCGAUACUUGCAAGAGUAUCACAACCGUGUGCUUCACAAUAUUUACCCAGUGCCAUCGGGAACAGACAUUGCAAAUACUCUGAAAUACUUUUCCCAGACCCUGCUCAGCAUCCUGUCCCGUACAGGCAGAAAGGAGAGCCAGGAAGCUUCCAAUUUGGCCGUGCCCAUGACCAUGUGUCUUUUUCCUGUGCCAUUCCCACUCACCCCAUCUCUAAGACCACAAGUCAGUUCCAUCAACCCUACAGUUACUCGAUCCCUCCUUUACAGCGUUCUGCGGGACGCCCCGGCCGACCGGGGUGGUGCCACCCAGCAGAGUCGGGAGGUUCAGAUCUCAGAUUACCCCUCACUGGACUAUCAGGGGCUCUAUGCCACCCUCGUCACCUUGCUUGACCUGGUGCCCCUGCUGCAGCACGGUCAGCACGAUCUGGGACAGGCCAUAUUUUACACCACAACAUGCCUUCUGCCUUUCCUUAGUGAUGAUAUUCUCAGCACUUUACCCUACACCAUGAUCUCCACUUUAGCCACCUUCCCUCCGUUCCUGCACAAGGACAUCAUAGAGUAUCUGAGCACAUCCUUCCUGCCAAUGGCCAUUUUGGGUUCGACUCGAAGAGAGGGUGGUGUUCCAGCAUAUGUCAAUCUCUCUGCCUCCUCCAUGCUGAUGAUCGCCAUGCAGUACACUUCAAAUCCAGUGUACCACUGUCAGCUUUUGGAGUGUCUCAUGAAAUACAAGCAGGAAGUAUGGAAGGAUCUUCUGUACGUCAUAUCCUACGGCCCGUCCCAAGUCAAACCUCCAGCUGUUCAAAUGCUCUUCCAUUACUGGCCCAACCUGAAGCCUCCUGGUGCCAUCAGUGAGUACAGAGGCCUGCAGUACACAGCUUGGAACCCCAUUCACUGCCAACAUCUUGAGUGUCAGAACUCUAUUAAUAAGCCAGCAGUGAAGAUGUGUAUUGAUCCCACACUCUCAGUCGCACUGGGUGACAAACCUCCCCCCUUAUACAUCUGUGAGGAGUGCAGCCAGAGGAUCGCUGGUGAUCAUGCGGAGUGGCUUGUUGAUGUGCUUUUACCACAAGCUGAGAUUUCUGCUAUAUGUCAGAAGAAGAACUGCAGCUCUCACGUCAGGCGUGCUGUCGUCACCUGCUUCUCAGCAGGAUGCUGCGGUCGCCAUGGCAACCGGCCUGUGCGCUACUGCAAGCGUUGUCAUGUCAACCACCACAGCAGCGAGGUGGGGGCAUCGGCUGAGACGCAUCUGUACCAGACAUCUCCCCCACCCAUCAACACCCGCGAGUGUGGAGCCGAGGAGCUGGUGUGCACCGUGGAGGCGGUCAUCAGUCUGCUGAAAGAGGCUGAGAUCCAUGCAGAGCUGCGGGAGUUUGAGCUGAACCGCCGCCGUCAGAUGGGUCUGUCUUCAUCCCAUCAUUCCCUGGACAACCUGGAGUUUGACAACAAAGAGGACGACCAGCACGACCAGAGACUGCUCAGCCAGUUCGGCAUCUGGUUCCUGGUGAGUCUGUGCACGCCGAGCGAGAACACCCCCACAGAGAGCCUGGCCAGGCUGGUCAGCAUGGUGUUCCAGUGGUUCCACUCCACCGCCUACAUGAUGGACGACGAGGUGGGCAGCCUGGUGGAGAAGCUCAAGCCUCAGUUUGUCACCAAGUGGCUGAAGACAGUGUGUGAUGUGCGCUUUGAUGUCAUGGUCAUGUGCCUGCUGCCCAAACCGGUGGAGUUCGCCAGGGUGGGUGGUUACUGGGAUAAGUCAUGCAGCACGGUGACGCAGCUGAAGGAAGGACUGAACCGAAUCCUGUGUUUGAUCCCCUAUAACGUGAUCAGUCAGCCGCUCUGGGAGUGCUUCAUGCCCGAGUGGCUUGAGGCGAUCCGCACUGAAGUUCCUGACCAGCAGCUCAAGGAGUUUCGUGAGGUCCUCAGUAAGAUGUUUGACAUUGAGUUGUGUCCACUGCCCUUUUCCAUGGAGGAGAUGUUUGGAUUCAUCAGCUGUAGAUUCAGUGGAUAUCCAGCGUCUGUGCAGGAGCAAGCACUGCUGUGGCUUCACGUUCUAUCAGAGCUGGACAUCGUGGUUCCUCUGCAGCUGCUCAUCAGCAUGUUCUCUGAUGGUGUGAAUUCACUGAAGGAGCUGGCCAAUCAGAAAAGAGCUCGGUCUGCAGACCUGUCUGGAAGCGCAGGAGCCCGCCGGGUGAGUGUGGUGUCUGACCCAGGCCGGAGAGGGCAGCACAAUAACCUGAGUCCCUUCCCCAGUCCCUUCCGGAGCCCCUUCCGGAGCCCCCUGCGCUGCAGCCCCUUCAAGAACCUCGGCCAUGCUGCCGGAAACUGUGCCCUGGACCUGGACUGUGACGACGACGACAUGAACCUGGGCUGCUUCAUCCUCAUGUUUGACCUGGUGCUGAAACAGAUGGAGCUGCAGGACGAGGCUCUGACCCCGGGGCUGGAGAGCAGUUUAGGCCGGGAUGUGGUGGGCAUUAUCAACAGCGUUCUACAGGCUCCAUGGGGUGGAUCACACACCUGUCAGAAGGAUGAGAAGGCCCUGGAGUGCAGUCUGUGCCAGUCCAGCAUCCUCUGCUACCAGCUGGCCUGUGACCUGCUGCAGAGACUGACCCCGCGUGAGGAGAUACGGCUGGUGGAGCCAUCUGAGUGUCUGGAGGAGAGUUUGGUUUUCCCUCAAACUGAAUUCGGUCUCAGGUCAGAGAAUGGAGCGGAUGAAGCAGACGUCCCGUCUGAAAACCCCGGCAGUCACAACCCGUCUCCGGAGAUCCCUCCGCUAAAGAAUAGUGCAGACAGGAAGUUCUCAUACCUACAGCUUCCUGUUUCUCUGAAGCUGCUGUACACCGUUCUGCAGGAGAUGAGUAAGUUUGAGGAACCAGACAUCCUCUUCAACAUGCUCAGCUGUCUGAAGAUCCUGUGUUUGCACGGAGAAUGCCUUUAUCACGCCAGGAAAGAUCACCCUCAGUUCUUGGCCUACAUCCAGGAGAAGAUGCUCAUUCCCAGCCUGUGGUCCAUGCUGAGGUCAGAGUUCUGUCAGCUGGCGUCUCUGGCUGUUCCUCAGCUCCUGCAUGCUCUCGCUCUGUCCCACGGAGCAGACAUCUUCUGGAGACUCGUGGACAGCAGCUUUAACAGCCAGGACUGGAAGAUCCGCUUCGAAGCAGUGGAGCGUGUGGCCGUCCUAUGUCGCUUUCUGGACAUCGGCUCGGUCACUAAGAGCCACGUGCUGAAGUAUUCUCUAGCUCACGCUUUCUGCUGCUUCCUGGCCAGCAUCGAGGACGUGAACCCGGCCGUGGCCACCAGAGCCCGUCUGCUGCUGGACACCAUCAAGCGGCCGGCCCUUCAGGGCCUGUGUCUGUGCCUGGACUUCCAGUUCGACACGGUGGUCAGGGACCGGCCGGUAAUCUUGAGUAAGCUGCUGCUGCUGCACUCGCUCAGACAGGAGAUCCCCGCUCUGAGCUGGGAGUUCUUCGUCAACCGCUUCGAGACGCUCUCGCUCGAGGCUCAGCUACACCUGGACUGCAAUAAAGAGUUCCCUUUUCCUACAACGAUCACAGCGGUCAGGACUAACGUGGCCAACCUGAGCGAUGCAGCCAUGUGGAAGAUCAAACGCGCUCGCUUCGCCCGCAACCGACAGAAGAGCGUCCGCUCGCUCCGGGACAGCGUGAAGGGCCCGUCCAGCUCCAAACGCACCUUCUCCCUGCCAGAGACGCUCUGCAACAAACUGCCUCUAAGACUCAUGAGACAAGAGCAGUCGGCACCUCUGCUGGGGAACAUGCUAGAGAAAGUCCUGUCAGGUGAGAGCUCUUCUCCGGAGGACGACUCGGUCAUUAAAGAUCUGCUGCCGGAGGACGCGGGCAUAGACCACCAGACAGUCCAUCAGCUCAUCAUGGUGCUCAUGAAGUUCAUGGCCAAAGACAAGAGCAGCGCAGAGACGGACAUCGGCAGCGCUAAAGCCUUCAACACGGUCAAGCGGCAUCUCUACGUCCUGCUGGGAUACGAUCAGCAGAUGGGCUGCUUCAUGAUCACCCCUCAGAAGAUGCGCUCGUCCACCUGCUUCAACGCCUUCAUCGCAGGAAUCGCUCGGGUGAUGGACUAUAACAUAGGUCUGGGCAAGCAGCUGCUGCCGCUGGUGGUCCAGGUGCUGAAGUACUGCACCUGUCCUCAGCUAAGACCUAACUUCCAGGAGCCUCCACGCUGCUCGCUCUGGGCCCUCAGACCUCACACCAGACAGAUGUGGCUCAAGGCCCUGCUCGUCAUCCUCUAUAAGUAUCCAUACCGAGAGAUGGACAUGAGUAAAGAGGUGGUGCUCCACCUGAUCCACAUCACCAUCAACACACUGAACGCUCAGUACCACAGCUGCCGGUCUCACGUGUCCGCUGGACCGCUGUACAGCGACAACUCCAACAUCAGCCGCUACAGCGAGAAGGAGAAAGAGGAGGACAGUGUGUUUGACGAGUCGGACAUCCACGAUACUCCGACAGGAGCGAGCAGUAAGGAGUCACAGACCUUCUUCGCCCGUCUGAAGAGAAUUGGUGGAAGCAAGUCUGUCAAGUAUCAGCCUGUGGAGCUCAAUGCUCAGAGAAGUGAGAUCGAGCUGGCCGAGUACAAGGAGGGUGGUGGGCUGCAGGACACGCUACUGUAUUCAGGCCGAGAGGAUAGCAACAGCAAGAAGAAGCGGCUGCAGGCCAUGCACAAGCAGAAGUCUCUGGACAUCAGCAACACAGAUUCCAUCCUCUUCAACCUGGACGAGCACCGCCGCAAGUCAUGCAUCGACCGCUGCGACCUGCAGGAGCCCUCGUCAUCCUCCUGCAUCGGCCGGCAGCAGCAUAGAGCGCAGCACCACGGCAAAGAUUCCUCCAACGGCCACUCCAUCAUCGACCGGAGAGGCUCCAGCGCUCAGAACGACAGCAUCCGGCCCAUCAUCCCAGAGGUGCGUCUCAGCUGUAUGGAGACGUUUGAGGAUAAACCGGCCGGUCUGGACUCACCCCGGGCUGCCACCAUGCUCGACAAGGACGACGCGGACCUCAUCGACCUGUCCUCCGACUGCACCUCCAUCCCAGAGAAGCACUCCAUUCUCUCACUGUCUGACAGUGACUCGCUGGUGUUCGAGCCACUGCCUCCGUUGCGCAUCGUGGAGAGCAAUGAGGACCUGUUUGAGGCGCUCAAGCUCCCCGGCGGAGUGCUGAGCAAACCCGAGGCUCCACUGCUGCAGGUCAGCCUCGAGGACUGCUCCGAGAGCCAGACGCUCCAGCCCCCCGUGACUCCUCAGGAGACCACCAUGACCCUUCAGCAGAAACGGGAUCUCUUCAGGAAAACAUCGCACAUGCCCAAUGCAUCCCUGGACGAUUCCUGCGUGCAGCCCGAGGACAGCAGCGGAAUGAGCCCUUCCAGCAGGUCCAUCGUGCUCCAGGUUCCUGCAGAUACGCUCGACUCGCUGGAUCCGUUAAACACACAGGGAGCGGGAGACGACGACAAUGAUGAGACCGACGAGAGAGACAGCGACCCCAAGCCUGAUGAUGAGAGCGACGAAGCUGAAUUCAAGAUCCAGAUUGUACCACGCCAGCGCAAAGAGAGGAAGAUUGCCGUCAGCGCCAUCCAGAGGGAGUAUCUGGACAUCUCCUUCAACACCAUAGACAAGAUGAGAGAACCGGCUGCAGAGUCAGAUGACAAAUCUCUGUCGAACCUGGAGAAGCCCAGAGAAUCGGCCUCAGCUCCGGCCCUGGAGGCCACCGUCCCCGAAACCAGCCAUCGUUCCUCAGUGUCCACUCAGUAUCGUCAGGUGAAGCGAGGCUCGCUGGGUGCCGUGACUAUGAGUCAGUUAAUGAAGCGGCAGCUGGAGCAUCAGUCCAGCGCUCCACAGAACAUCAGCACCUGGGACACGGGUCCAGUGAAGACCAGUCUGCUGUCGGCCCCGAGCACCGUCAGCAUGUUUGUUCCCGCUCCAGAAGACUUCAGCGACGAGCAGCCCACUACGAUGGCCGACAGGUGCCGGGACUGUGGGGCUGUUCUGGAGGAGUAUGACGAGGAGACUCUGGCUCUGGCUGUGGUGGUUCUGUCCAUGUUCAUCCACCUGAGUCCGGAUCUGGCCGCUCCGCUGCUGCUGGAGAUCAUGCAGUCUGUGGGCAGGUUGGCGUCUAGCUCCAAUUUCACAGGUCAAGCUGAAAGCAUGCUGAUUCCUGGGAACGUGGCCGGCGUCGCCAAGCAGUUCCUCCGCUGCGUUCUGCAUCAGCUCGCACCCAACGGCAUCCUCCCACAGCUCUUCCAGAGCAACAUUAAAGAUGGAAGCUUCCUGCGGACGCUGGCCACGUCUCUGAUUGAUUUCAAUGAGCUGAGCUCGGUCGCAGCGCUCAGUCAGCUCCUGGAGGGUCUGAACAAUAAGAAGGCUCUGCCGGCAGGAGGCACUAUACUGCACUGUCUGGACAACAUCGCCACCUUCAUGGAGACUCUUCCCAUGGACUCACCCAGCAACCUCUGGACAACCAUCUGUAACCAGUUCCAGACCUUUCUAACCAAACUACCUGCCGUUCUGCCGCUCAAGUGUCCUCUGGACUCAAGCCUCAGAAUAAUCAUUUGCUUGCUGAAAAUUCCUGUAACAAAUGCAACAAGAAGUCUGCUGGAGCCCUUCUCUAAACUGCUGAGUUUCGUUCUCCAGUACGGUGUGUUCAGUCUCUCGUAUCUCGUAGAGCUCUGUGGUUUAUGCUACAAAACCUUCAGCAAGGAGAGGGACAAGUUCUACAUGUCCAGAGUCGUUGUUCUGGAGCUGCUUCAGGCUCUGAAGUUCAAGUCAUCGAUUCCUGAUACGAACCUGCUGCUGCUGGUGCAGUUUGUGUGCACAGACAUCGGAACCCGGCUGGCUGAGUCCACCAUCCUCCAGAAGCACAUGAUCUCCGCUCUGCCUGGGUGCACCACAGCGGCGAUGGAGUGCCUGAGGCAGUAUCUGAGCGAGCUGCUGGACUUCAUCGCAGACAUGCACACGCUGACCAAGCUGAAGAGCCACAUGAAGGCGUGUUGUCAGCCGCUGCAUGAGGACACGUUCGGUGGGAAUCUGAAGGUCGGUCUGGCUCAGAUAGCAGCGAUGGAGAUCAGCAAAGGAAACCACAGAGACAACAAAGCGGUUAUUCGAUACCUGCCCUGGCUUUACCAUCCACCGUCUGCUAUGCAACAAGGACCCAAAGAGUUCAUCGAGUGUGUGUCACACAUCCGUCAGCUGUCCUGGCUGCUGCUGGGCUCUCUUACCCACAGUGCUCUGCAUCAGGGCUCCUCCUGCUGUAUGCCCAUUCCUCUGGACGCCGGCUCUCACAUCGCUGACCACCUGAUCGUCAUCCUGAUAGGAUUCCCGGAGCAGUCGAAGACGUCAGUGCUCCACAUGUGCUCUCUGUUCCACGCCUUCAUGUUCGCCCAGCUCUGGACCAUCUACUGCGAGCAGGCCGCGGCCAUCCCCUCCAACCAGAACCAGAAUGAGUUCUCCUCGGGUGCCAUCCUCACGGGCCUGGAGUUCUGGAGCCGCGUCACUCCCAGCAUCCUCCAGCUCAUGGCCCACAACAAAGUGAUGGUAGAGAUGGUCUGCUUGCAUGUCAUCAGUCUAAUGGAGGCCUUGCAGGAGUGUAACUCAACCAUCUUUGUGAAGCUGAUUCCCAUGUGGCUGCCCAUGAUUCAGUCCAACUUAAAUCAUCUGUCCGCCGGUCUCCAGCUGCGGCUACAGGCCAUCCAGAACCGGGUGAACCACCAGUGUCUCCAGAACCCUGGAUCCGGAUCGUUUCCGCUCACUCUGCGCAAGUGGCUUCAGUGCACUCAGUUUAAAAUGGCUCAGGUGGAGAUCCAGUCGUCAGAGGCGGCGUCCCAGUUUUACCCCAUGUGAUCGUUAAAGAUUGAUCAGACGAGCUUCAGCAGCAGCAGAUGUAGUUGCUCAAGGUUCACUCAAGCAGUGGUCUUCCUAGUGUGUGUGUGUGUGUGUGUGUGUUAUUAUCAAAUGCAUUACAGAAAUCAUGUAUAGAGAAAUAUCUUAGUCUGUUACAAGCAGGGAGAGGUUUUUUGCAUUAUCAGUAGUAUGCAUAUUUCAAACCAAAAUAAACAAUUCAAGAGUUUUUUAAACAAA